AUGACCGACAGUAAGGUCCCUCAACCGGGACCAGCCAAGUUGAAGCGCAAUGCUGGUCCUGACGAGUGGCUGGAAGCCGCCAAGGACUGCAAAUAUCUCUCUGAGGCCCACAUGAAACAACUGUGUGAAAUGGUCAAGGAGUAUAUGAUGGAAGAAUCCAACAUACAACCCGUCUCCACCCCAGUCACGAUCUGUGGUGAUAUCCACGGCCAGUUUUACGACCUGCUCGAACUCUUCCGCGUGUCAGGCGGUAUGCCUGAUGGUUCUGCGCUGGACGCCCCCAAAAGCUCAUCUGCUAUCAUCACAUCGGCCGAUAUUGAGCCUCCCUCGACUAUCACCGACCCAAAACUCCGUAAGAAGUUGCGUGGGCCCAGCGCCAAGGUCAAGACAGAUGGGGACGAGGAGACCGCGGAGGAAACAGAAGAGAACGCUACUUCGCAUAGCCGAUCAAACAGUCAGACGUCAGAAGACCUCCAACUAAAGAGCAACUUCGUCUUCCUGGGUGAUUACGUCGAUCGUGGAUACUUUAGCUUGGAGACAUUAACGCUACUAUUGUGUCUCAAAGCCAAAUAUCCAGACCGAGUGACACUAGUUCGAGGUAAUCACGAGUCGCGCCAAAUCACACAAGUUUACGGUUUCUACGAGGAGUGUUUCCAAAAGUACGGCAGCGCCUCCGUGUGGAAAGCUUGCUGUCAGGUUUUCGAUUUCAUGACGCUGGGCGCCAUUAUCGACGGCAAGGUGCUUUGUGUUCACGGUGGACUUAGUCCGGAGAUUCGAACAUUGGAUCAAGUGCGAGUUGUUGCGCGUGCGCAGGAAAUUCCUCACGAGGGUGCCUUUUGUGACUUGGUGUGGUCCGAUCCGGACGACGUUGAAACGUGGGCAGUGAGCCCCCGUGGUGCAGGCUGGCUAUUUGGUGAUCGCGUGGCAGACGAAUUCUGCCACGUCAACGAUCUCACCCUGAUCGCUCGUGCCCAUCAACUUGUGAACGAAGGUUACAAGUACCACUUUAACAAUCAGAACGUGGUGACUGUCUGGAGUGCUCCCAACUACUGCUAUCGCUGUGGCAAUUUGGCCUCGGUCUGUGAGAUUGGAGAGGACCUGAAACCGUCUUUCAAACUGUUCAGCGCCGUCAGCGACGAUCAACGACACGUGCCCACCUCGCGGCCGGGCCGCAGCGAGUACUUCUUGUAA